GGGUUCUUCUGCUGGGAGAUGCAUAUAACCUAAGGCAUCCUCUCACUGGUGGAGGAAUGACAGUCGCUUUAAAAGAUGUGAAAUUAUGGAGAAAACUCUUAAAAGGCAUUCCUGACCUCUAUGACGAUGCUGCUGUUUUCCAGGCCAAGAAGUCAUUCUAUUGGUCGAGGAAAAGGACCCACUCCUUCGUGGUGAAUGUACUGGCCCAAGCUCUGUAUGAAUUAUUUUCCGCUACAGACGAUUCCUUGCAUCAGCUCCGAAAAGCUUGCUUUCUUUAUUUUAAACUUGGUGGAGAAUGUGUGACGGGUCCUGUUGGGCUGCUUUCUGUGUAAGUUCUAGCAGCAGAAGGGGCGGAAACACUCUGCUUGUCAAUCUCUUUCCCUUGGGCACUUAGUUCUGUGUGUCACCCUUUAGUAGUCUAAACAUAGUAUCCCCACGAGGCCAGGAGCUGUCUCAGUGGGUAGAGCCUUGCUGCAAAAGCUUGGCAACUUUAGUCCAUCCCUAGAACCCGAGAGGAAGACAGGGCUCUAUCAAGUUGUCCUCUGAUGUCCACGUGUGCACUAUAGCUAUAGAGUGUGUGCGUCUCCAUCACCACGGCAUGAAGUAAUGGACAAAGGGUCAGCACUGUGCUGUCUUCCAGGCCACAGACACACUGACUAGAAAUGGAACAAGGUGGCUAAACCCUCCAAGUAAAAUUGAAGCAUGGUUUUCACCUGUGGUGUCUCCACGUCUGCUCUCCAGGAGCUACUAAUCUUACGAGCUUGAAAUUUAGUAGUUUUGCUAGUGCAGACAUAUCCUUGGGAAGUCUGAGAAGGGAAAUUCUUCAAGGCACCUCUUACUGAUCUAUAAUCAGAGUAUCAGUACUGAUGCCAAACCCAGAUGGCAGCCAGCCAUUUUGUACUU